GACGGAGGAGAAAGAGAGAUUCGGAGAGCAUGGCUCUUGCAACGUUGUCUCUCUGUGUGCUAACUCUCACCUGGGCAAACUUGUACCAGGUGUGUGCCAACAGGCACGCGGUGCAUUGGAACAGCUCCAAUAUACAUCUGCGUAGGGAGGGCUACACGGUGCAGGUGAAUGUGAACGAUUACCUGGACAUCUACUGUCCCCACUACAAUGACAGCCAGCGCGUGGUGGGCACCGGGGAGCAGUACAUCCUCUACAUGGUCAGCUACCGUGGUUACAGGACCUGUGACCCCCAGCUGGGCUUCAAGAGGUGGGAGUGUAACCGCCCCCACGCACCAAUCAAGUUCUCAGAGAAGUUCCAACGCUACAGCGCAUUCUCCCUGGGCUACGAGUUCCACGUGGGUCAGGAGUAUUACUACAUCUCUACACCCACUCAUCACCACGGUCGCAGCUGCCUCAGACUGAGAGUUUAUGUCUGCUGCUCCACAGUGUCUGAUGUUAAUGUAGAACCAGGACAUCCAGAAACAGACUACACACUCAGACCAGACAUCAAAAUCCAGGACAUCGAUGAUUUUAACCCUGAGAUUCCUAAACUGGAAAAGAGUGUCAGUGGAAGCAGCCCAUCCAGGGAUCGCCUACUCAUCACCAUAGCGACGCUCCUUCUCGCUGCCAUCACCAUCUCCUAGCAACGGCCAUCCCAUCAGUAUCGCCAUGCCAACCAGCCAUGGGAGGGCUUGGGCAGGAGGGGUGAAGGAUGAGGAGGACUGAGGAUUUGGGAGAAAGGGGACAGGAGAUUAAGGGAACAUGGAAAAUAGGGAGUUAGAAGACCUUCUGAAUGACAUUGGUUGACAAGGUUUGUGAGUGUGUGGGUGGGUGUGUGUGUGUGUGUGUGUGUGGGUGGGUGUGUGUGUGUGAGCGGACUGGUGUUGGUUUGUGAAGUGAAGGAGGGAAGUUGGAAGGCUUCUUUGUGUGUGGUGUGUGUGCAUGUGUGGGUGUGUGCAUGCUUGUGUGUCUGUGCAUGCGUGCGCGUGUGUGUGUGCGUGCAUGUGUGUAUGCGUGUGUGAGUGUGUGCGUGUGCGUGAGCGUGAGCGUGAGCGUGUGUGCUGCUGCUUAGAAGACGACAUUCACACAGAGCAUGAAGAGAAGACCUUUUAUGACUUUGGACAUUGGGCCUGCAUGUGUAGGUAUGUUUCAGAGUGUGUGUGUCUCAACAUGUGGUGGAGGUAGCCUGUUGAAACAUGCACACUGCAUACAGCAUUUAUUAGAGAGGAGAAGAGGACCUGACUUUCUAUUGGAGCAGCUGAUCGCAAUGAAACACAGUGACACUUUUUCAUGCAAUCUGAUUGGCUGACACAGUUCUCUUCUUAGGGCUAGUUGCCUGUUUCUUGCUCCGGAGACUGAACUGAUUGAACUUGACUGAAACGAACUGAAUUAUUGCCUUUUUGUUCUGCCAACUGGAUUCAACCAGAUCUAGUCUGGAUCCCUUCUGUGGAACUGGAUCUAGUGGUCCUCCUCCCCUGUGAUCUGGUCUGAUCUGGACCGUAGCAGCCUGGUAUGAAAGAGCCAGUCUGGGGCCAGGUUUCUGAACUGGGAAGUGGGACCACUCAGUCUAAUAUGAGAGCGGGAGAGAGAGCUACAGUAAUGUAUCAGAGUAGUAAUAUGUGUCAAUACAAUGACAGCUAUAGGUUCUAGGUCAGUGGUUGUAUACAUUGUUAUACACAUUGACACAACCUCUGGCUCAUCAUUAAACCCCCUGGAGACAUGUUUGUCCUUCAUUCAUUCAUUCCUGGAUAGCAUUAUCUCUGAUCUCAGAGGUCAGAAAAGCACAGCAAUACUGUCAUCGAAUGCAUUGUAUUGUAUUGUACACUGAGGACCUCUCUUCCUCUCUCCUGGAGUCAGAUGGAAUGGGACUACAUACCACAGACUCCACAUGCCAAACUCUUCUGUUUUAUUUUACCGUACACACUAGAACUAGAAUCACUCUGUGUGUGUGUGUGCGUGUGCGUGUGCGUGUGCGUGCGUGCGUGCGCGUGUGCUUGUGCGUG